UGAGAAACAUUUUUGUCUGUGAAAUACUACGGUCCAGGGCCCUCCGUUUGAUUGAGAGUCACCGGAAUCUUGAAUCUCCGGCGACCAGAAACUCUGCAGACUUGCUAAAUUCUCUCUGAGGACUGGCAAGGAAACCAUCCUUCACUACAAUCCUUUGUAACACACAGACUUUAUUGGCAUGGGAGUUGUGACUGUUUCUAGCUCUGCUGCAAGGAGUCCUUUAGGAUUGAGCACGAGAUUUUCCUCUCGUUUAUGUGCGCUUAAAAGACCAUUAGUAUUGUCAUUCAAAGCCAAUAAACCGAAAAAUGCUGCUUUGGUUCCACCUGAUGAAGCUACAUCAUUGUCUCUAGAGACAUCAAAAGAGAGUAAAAAGAGACUGGGGCGAGCUAAAAAGCGUUCAGAUAGGAUACAUGCUGUCUCUACCGGUGAAGCCUCUCCGAGUACUCUAGAUUUGGAUUACAACGAUGUUGCUGCCAAACUCGAGAAAUUAUACAUCCAUAGUCCAGAACCCACUACUUCUGGUAUAGGUUCUGAAGGCUGUAUAGUCAAGAGAAGUUGUCAAAGGAAGAAAACGAAACGGUUGAGUCUUGAUAAGAGGGUUGCUCUUAGAAACAUGAAGGGAGGCGAAAUAGUUGCUUCUUCCCACGAAAGGAAGCUUAAGGAGGAAACAGAAGAAGAAAAAAUCAAUAAACUUGUUAGAGAAUAUUCGGUUGGCACAGAUUUAGUGAGCAUGGACUGGAAGAAAAUGAAAAUCCCAGCAGUGCUUGCUUCAUCUGAGCAUGCCUGGCUCUUUAAGUUGAUGCAGCCUAUGAAGGUAAUCCUUCAAGUUAAGGAACACUUACAAAACGAUCUGGGGCGAGAACCAUCUGGUGUUGAAAUAGCAGACGCAACAAAUGUGGAUAUUGUUCUACUAAGGAAAAUAUUGGAAGCUGGUCGAGCAGCACGAAACAAAUUGAUCAAGCACAACCUACGACUGGUUUUGUUUGUCAUCAAAAAAUAUUUUCAAGAUUUUGCAAACGGUCCAAAGUUCCAAGACCUGUGUCAAGCGGGUGUGAAGGGCCUUAUCACAGCCAUUGAUCGAUUUGAACCAAAAAGGAAGUUACAGCUCUCAACAUACGGUCUCUUUUGGAUUAGACAUGCAGUUAUACGCUCCAUGACUCUUUCGAGCUUCAUUAAAGUGUCCUUUGGGCUUGAGUCGGUACGAGCUGAAAUCCAGAGGGCGAAAUUAGAAUUGUUGUUUGAACUUCAGAGGAUGCCAACAGAUGAUGAGAUAACAGAACGAGUAGGAAUCUCGACUGACAGAUACCACGAAGUGAUGAAAGCAUCGAAACCUGUUUCCUCUCUCCAUGCAAGGAACCGCGUGACACAAGAGGAGCUUAUCAAUGGAAUUACUGAUCUCGAUGGUGUUGAAGGCGAUAAGAGGCAGCAACCCGCUCUUCUAAGGCUUGCUCUUGAUGAUGUGCUUGAUUCUCUGAAACCGAAAGAAAGCCUGGUGAUUAGACAGAGAUAUGGACUCGAUGGGAAAGGCGAUAGGACACUGGGAGAAAUUGCAGGAAACCUAAACAUUUCGAGAGAGAUGGUGAGGAAACACGAGGUGAAGGCUCUGAUGAAGCUCAAGCAUCCGGCUCGAGUGGAUUAUCUUCGCAGAUACAUUUUCUAAGGACACCAACGCCCUUGAUCAGCUCGAGCCAUCCACACCCUGCUGUUGUUGAUCAGGAUAAGCUCCUGCAACAACUAUAUGUGUUUGCUGUCGCGAUUAUACACUUAUACUAAUCAUUUGUAUCAUAAUCACAUACAGAUAAUGUAACUUACACACAUGAUAAAGAGGAAAAAGAAUCAUAUAACAAAGCAAAAUAUUGAGUUUUACAAGACUGAAACCACUAUCUGUAACUAAGCCAAUCAAUUUACAACUUCUGCAGAUGGCUUUUUCUCUUUUUUUGGGUAGUAAUGAAAGGUGAAUGAAUGUGUGGUAGGUGUAAGUUGGUAA